GUUGUUUAGCUGCUGAAGAAACGAAAGAAGAGAAGUUUCCCUCCAACCCAAUACAAACAAGAACGUAAUCUCCCCUCUUUUGAUGAUUCCUGUUCGACCCAGUUGCCAUCGAGAUUGAAUUUCGUCCCGCAAAUCCCAAUGUCGAUGGCAAGCUAACGCAGUUUCGAUAAAAAGAAAGAAGAAGUCGCAAUGAAGGGCAAGAAUUCUUCGCCGGAGGUACAGAUCAAGGUGCGCGGGCAGCGCGGGGACGGCAGGGCGGCAGCAAGGGCGGAGGACCAAGUGUUCAGCGAGGUCAGGUACAGACGAUGGGUGCCGUGGCUGGUCCCGUCGUUCGUGGCGGUCAACGUGGUGAUGUUCGUGGUGACCAUGUACGUGAACGAUUGUCCCAAGAAAUCCGGCUUUUGCAUCGCCAGGUUUCUGGGGAGGUUCUCUUUUCAAACGCUCAAGGAGAAUCCUCUGCUUGGGCCUUCAUCAGAUACGUUAUACAAGAUGGGCGCAUUAGAAGUUGCUGACGUGGUUCAGAAUCACCAGGCUUGGCGCCUAUUUACCUGCAUAUGGUUGCAUGCUGGGGUUUUCCAUGUGCUGGCAAAUAUGUUGAGUCUAGUUUUCAUAGGGAUCCGACUUGAACAGGAAUUUGGUUUUGUUCGAAUCGGGCUACUGUAUGUUAUAUCUGGCUUUGGUGGGAGUUUGUUAUCAGCCCUGUUCAUUCAAUCUAGUAUCUCGGUUGGUGCAUCGGGUGCCCUUUUUGGUUUGCUAGGGAGCAUGCUCUCCGAACUCAUUACAAACUGGACAAUAUACGCGAACAAGUUAGCAGCAUUGUUAACUCUCAUCGUCAUCAUUAUAAUAAAUCUCGCAAUGGGUAUUCUGCCUCAUGUGGACAACUUUGCUCAUAUUGGGGGAUUUCUUUCUGGUUUUCUUCUUGGCUUCGUGUUUCUAAUUCGGCCCCAGUUCGGGUGGGUUAGCCAAAGAAAUGCUCUUCCUGGAUAUCCAACCGCUUCGCUUAAACCAAAGCACACGAUGUAUCAGUAUGUGCUAUGGGUGGUUUCUGUGAUUCUACUGAUCUCAUGGUUUACGGUUGGCCUGGUGAUGCUCUUCCGUGGAGUUAAUGCAAAUAAAUACUGCUCGUGGUGUCAUUAUAUGAGCUGCUUCCCCACCUCAAAAUGGAGCUGCAAAUCGCAACUAGUAUCCUGCAUGAUGAACCAAACUGGGAAUGUGCUUGACUUGACAUGCCUAAGCAACGGGAAAAGCAACGUUUAUGUAUUGUCGGACGAUGAUCCUUCCGUGAUCCAGCAUUUAUGUACGCAGUUAUGCAGUUAAUACUGACUCACAAGAACAGGUAUAGGAGCUUUGCAUAAGCAAUAUUUCUUGCUGUACAUAAUUCGAAUCCGCAUUGGCAGAGAACAUUGUCUCGCAUCCCUUCAAAAAGAAUUAGGAAAAAAAAAAAAAGAGCCAAUGCACUAGAACUGAUUAUGACUUAGCUCAGAGCCAUUUUAUUAGCUCAAUCCACCAGCAAAUUAGUACUCGAACGUCAGUCUUAUGAGGUGAACUGGAUGAAUGAAUCACGUUCUUGCUUUGACAUAUGACGAGGAAAAGUCGAAAACGCAAUGUGACACAAGUGGACUCUUAGGAAUCCCAGUGGAAUCCUAAAGUAUCAGAUGCUGUUGAGAAACCGAAACGAUAUCUAUGCAUCGCAUGCUCAUGAAAUGUACUUGUCACUAUUGACAAACAGCACCGCUCCGCAGAAGGUAAAAUUCACCAGCGCAGUUGCACACAAGAAGCAGUUUUAGCUAACUAGAGGAUGCUCCAUUUACUCUGUUCUUGCACGGAAGUGAAGAUAGGACAGAGUGUGAUUUGCCCUUGGGUAGUGCAAGACCUGUUCAUAUCAAUAGUCACUUUUGAGCUAGUCAUAUAUAUGGUGCUGCUGUUAAAUCUUUCUGGUUUUGACAGUUCACUCAGUGUAAGUCUUUUGCACACUAUAGUGCCUAUAUUUUGUUUGACGAACAUGUAAUAAUUUGGAGGUACUGCAGAAAGAGUCGAUAUCGCGGCUGUUGAAUCAA